AAAGGGCGUUAAGAUUCUACCUUCUGAUCAAGUCAACCUUACAUCCGACGGGUUAUAUCUACCGUGCAAAGAUGAGGGAGCUUAAAUUGUCCCUGGCGAUCUCUGUUCUGGUUGUUAUGGUGUCUGGCCAGCUUCAACCAGAGGAUAUGAUGCCCUUCACAAAUCCGGGUGAAAUCGUUUAUGAAUCUCCGCUUACCAUCAAGUUUGCGAUGAACGCAGUCGGAGGGAUCUGGCAGCAGACCCGGGCAAUUGAUUCGCUGGCCUAUGCGUGUAGAAGCGUCUUACCGGUUGUUGGAUCGGCGAUACCAGUGGUUGACCAGACAAGUCUGAUUUGGGGGUUCGUCUGUGACGAAGUCAUCGAAGCUUCCAGAGAUCUGGACAACUACGACGCACGGGGGUUCUGUGUCGACUUGAUCGAGGAGGUAUCUGAUCUGGUUGAAAAUCCCGAUGGGAUGACCGGUUUCAGGCGACGCAGACAAGCAUUUCCUCCAACCAUGUCAGAGGAGGUAAACGAUCCCAUUAUAGAAACCCUGAUCAACAGUACAAGGGAUCUGUACGGAAUCGACAUCAACAUGAUCAUUGGUAAUAUAUCUGAUAUUGAUACAAUUUGCACCAACAUCAAAGAUAACUUCCUGAGGUCAUCUCUGAAAGAUAUCAUUACUACAGCCGGAGGCGAAUUGGGAAAGGCUUUUCUGCCAAUGGCAGCACCGAUCUGCGAAGACUACGAUGGCUUUCUUCUUCAAACCUUCCAGGUACAACCUCCAUCAGUAGACUACAACAUCAGCCAAAUCAUUGCCCAUCUCGGGUCUAUGGCCGCUGGGUAUGACAGCAUGAACGACCUCUGUGAAGAUAUGGACCUAGCACUGUCAAUGCAAGGUGACAAUGGGGAUGCCAGGAGAAUGUUCGCCACUGACGCCAUUACAGAUGCCUUCGGCGUCUUGGAGAAUGCUGAUAGGUGUACUACAAUUGCUACUGGCGUAAUCAACGACGUCGUAGUACCUCUGGAGCGUGUGCAUGACUCUAGCUACGAGAUCACUAACAACGACAUCUAUCAGUAUACUGGCUUCAGUGGUGGUGUUCCUAGCGUGUGCUCCCCUUUAGCAAACGCUUUUACGAAUAUUGUAGACCUGGUGGAUGCUGAACCGGUCCAUCUGAUCCCCGAAACUACGUUGACCGUUCCCUUCUUUUUGAAUGCUGUCGGAGGCAUCUGGAAGCAGAGCAGACUCAUCGACUCAAUGGCUUUCAUCUGCAGCGAGGUGUUGCCGGAUCUAGAAUCGAUGGUGCCCGCCAUCAAAUCUUACUUUGACCAGGCCGACUGGGACUACAACCAAGUUUGUGGUCGGGUUCAGGAGGCAGCCAAUAACCUGGCGGGAUUCGAUGCGGAAGAUUUCUGCAAUGACAUUACCCAACUGAUCUCUAGCUUGGUCAGCGCUGAGAGGAAACGGCGACAGGCAAUGGAUACUUCCGCGCAGGAUCCUCUGGUACUCAUCAAUGACAUCACCGAGAAGCUGUACAACAUCAACAUCACCGAUCCGACUACCAUCUGCCCAAACAUCGGUCAGCUCCUGGACCGGUCCAUUGAUGAUAUCUUAACGGAGUUUGAGACAGAGCUGAUGGUCGCCUAUCUGCCGGAGGUAUCUCCAUAUCUGUGUGAAAAUUGGAAUGAGAUGCUCCAAUUCUUCUUCCCGGGUGUCGAUAAUGCUCAAGAAUACAUCGAGGUGAUCAACAAUGGUGUUCGUAUCGUAGUCCAACUUUUGGGGUACGACAACAGGCAAGACCUUUGUGACAGAAUUGACGAGGUUCAGGAGCAGUCAGAGCAAGCAAGAAGGACCUUUGCCGAAGGAAUCAUUGAAAGUUCUUCGAGCAUUUACGUCGACACAGCCCGGUGCUCCAUGUACGCAAACGACCUCAUUGAUGAGGUCAUUCACCCACUCUUUGAGCUCUUCGGGCUACCGAUUAAAAUCAGCGAUUAUACCAUUUACCGUUACACUGGUUUUAUGGGUGUAGAAGGGGUCUGCAGAGCCAUCGAGACAGCUUUCACGAUGCUUUCUGUGAUUGACAUAUCGAUGACGCUCAAAGCGGAGAGUAUGAAUGGAAUACCCCUCGUGUAUACCGAUGCUCUAGCUGAUAGAAAUUCCAAUCGCUUCCAGGAAUACGAAACAUUUUUCUGUGGAGUGACGACGAACUUUUUGACCCAGGAGCUCGGGGACGAUCUGCGAGACAUCACCUGCACCGCUACCGCAUUUCGCAAGGGUAGCAUCAUCGCCGAGUUGCAAUUUCAACUACAUGCUAUUUCGGAAGAGGUUGCGAACACACUUGCCGACGACGCGGUCGAGCUUGCAUCCAGUGACAGUCUGACCAUCUCUGGGGAUGGGAAUUCACUGACUCUUUCCGAGGUCCAAGUUACAACUGAUGAAAGGCCAGGUAUACGGGGAGGUUUGAGUACUGGUGCCAUCAUCGGCAUCGUCGUUGGCGUUUUGGUUGCCCUUGUCCUCGUCGUCGCCAUCAUCGCCAUCGCCGUAAAGCAAUCUCACCGACAAGCACAUAACAAUGCCCCUGGCGGACGAGGUAUUGGGAUGCAAAAUCCUGGAUACGCAUCUGACGAGAAACCAAGAUACGCUUAAUCUGCAUAACUUCAAAUGUGUUUUCAGCCUUGCAGUUUGGUAACCAUGGUGACGUAAAUCGAUAAAAGUUGGAGAAAAUGGAUUAAUAAAGGUCUUUCAUCAUUACUAACGGGAAAUCUAAAAAUAUAUCAUGUUAAUAAUCUGUAAAUCAUGUUCUGUAUUUGUUUUGCAAUUAAGUCUUAAUCUAUUAAAGAAUAAUGUAACAUUGUACAAUUGUGUAACAUGAUAAUAACAUAUAUCAGACGAGUCAUAAAUGUUACAGGCUCACUCAUAACUCAAAAGAUUUUUUUAAAUCAGUUUUCAUCCUUAUUUUGUACUAUGUUGUUUUAUCGUCUUGAAGAUUUGAUAUUUGCAUAUUUUACACAGAUCUAUUGGUACUGGUUACUAUCAUAUUUAGCUCUGAAUAGACGGGGCAUGAAUAUAACAACUUUAUUCAUAGCGUAAACAGUGUAUUUUUUUUAUCUUUUAUUAUACUUGUUUAUUUUACUAUGUAUUUGGAGAUCUUGAGAUUUUAUAGGCCUUAUUUUCACAGAUUACAGUACUUUAUGAAUUAAUGAUAUUUAGAAUCAUACGCAGUUCCUAUCUAUAGGCUGAAAUGUAUCAAGUUUAUUGGUAACUAUUUGAUUUUUAUGUGUUUUAAUCAUCUUAAUGUACUAUGUUAUUUCAUCGAUUUUGACAUAUAUUUACACAUAAUACAGUACUUUGUUGAAUUGUAUUGUUUAGAAUCAUAUUAAGCCGUUUAAUAUCAAUAUAGGCUGAAAUGUACAUGUACUAGCAUGUCGAUCCACAUCUUAAAGAAUAUGUUUUCUUUUACUUUUUGAUAAGUUGUCAUCUGUAUUAUGUGCUGUUAUUUUAUCUCCAUGGAGAUUUCGUAGGACUACGUGUAAUUUUGCCCAGAUUAGAGUACUUUAUCGAUACCACUUGAUAUCAUAUUCUGCUCAUAACGAUAUCACUUUAUAGAAAAUCAUUUUUUACCUUUAUUUUCAUGAUUGACAAAACUAUAAAUAAGUGUUCAUACUUGUCUGUGUAUAUAGUUAUGAUCUAAAUAUUGUUCCAGCCAUGCUUUUUAGCAACGCCCUUUUCGGCUUUGUCAUAAAUAUGGGGGGCUACACAGGGAGGGGGUCCUAUAUUUUUUUCUCAAGUGUUGACAGGGGAAGGGAAGAAAAAAAAGAUGCAUUUUUCUGCUUUACCAUUUGUAAUGAACUGGGGACAAAUGACGUUACAAAAGAUCUGCCCCUUAUCAAAUUACGUUUUCACCACCCCUGGUUAUCUUAAAAUAAUAAAGCCCCCCCCCCCUCGCCACCAACUUUAUUAAAAAUCAAUUCCAGUUGAAAUUGUCUUGAAAGUUUAACUCGGAAUGGGAGUAAUAAGCAGCCGAAUAAUAACGGCACAUGUUUUUAAUUCGUUUUCAAGCUCACAUUUAUUUUUUUCUGGAACAUACAGUAUAUCUCAGAAUGCAUGUAGUUUGAAGUGCUCAUAUCUUUAUUCAUCUGAAAUAGACUUAAUCGGUGUGGAAGUCGUGUUGAUUCUAUGUCAUGUAUGUAAUCAUAAUAAUUGUUAUUUUGAUUCUACAACUUUCUUUAAGAAUGAUACUACAUUAUGAAUAGAUUGUAUGCUUGGUUUUGAGGGAAACUGUGAGCUUUUUCGUAAAUACGGUAAAUGUACUGAGAACCGGCUGAACAGGACUGGUGUUUGAAAUACACCACGGGGAUUGACUAUAACACUAAAUGAGGUUAUAUAACAAACAUGAGGCCUUAGUGCUACAUAACACAAAUUGUGUAAAACUGACACCAAACAAAGGUGUAAAUUUCUUGGCGUGUUCCUUUCACAACAGAGACUGGUGUAGUGUAAAUAUCCAUGUAUUUUUCAUUUUUUGUAAUGUGAUAAAACCCUUUCAAUAAUUUUGAUCUUGGAAAAGAUGCCUUUCUAAAUGUAUAGCCUUCACUUGUCAAACUGCUGGGCGCCGAUGUAAAGCAGUUUAUGAAACUGAAAAGGACAACCAUGCAGUAUAAAUACGUAAAAAAGAAAUAGAGAUUAAUUUUCAUGAUAAAAACAUGAAUGUUUUUAAAUUCAUGAAAACAAUUAUCCAAAAGUGUUUCAUGAAUAUCAUUACGACUACAUGUAAAUCAGGCUUUCGCCGCUUAAGAAAAUAAUCGUAUUAUAUAAAACAGAAAACUAUGGUCAGACCAUUCUCUUUUGCGACAUAACCCCACGUGCAUUCAUAUGAAGGACAAGAAUUGGGCGCCCGAAUGGGCCAGAGCCAUAGAACAAGUCAUUAUAUCAAUGUUGAAAGUGUUCAUUUGAUUUUGUCAGGGGGUGUGGUAUUGCAGGGGUAAGCGGGCAACCACCCACAAUUAAUUUUAUUUCAAGUAUUGAACAGAAAGAAGAAAAGUAGGAGGAAAAGGGAGGAGAGAAUAAAAAAAAAGAAAACACAAAAGAGGUAUAAGACGUUUAACGUGUUUAACCAUAUUACUCCUGUACUUAUUUUGUUAAUAUAGAAAAUUAGGUCGCCCUGCAUGCCACCCCCCAUAUCAAAAUACCCUGGGCCACCCCUGAGCUCUUUCAUGAUAAAGAUAAUAAUAACGUCCAAUUUUACCCAGGGUAGACACUUCAGUUCCGAAAACUGUUUCUCUUGCGGACCCAGCUUAGCAUGUCCUGUAUGUGAUUCACGUAGCGUGUUUGUUUUUUGUGAUCAUAAAUACGUGAAGAUUUUUAAAAGAUCUUUUGUUUUCUUACAUGCAAUAAUUAAUCUAGAGCUAUUUUUGGAAAAUUAAAUUAGACAAAAUAUUUUUUCUUCUGUA